CUGAGCCUAUCGCAGAGGUGGUUCCUCUUCCGUUCCGGCAGUUUGAAACGGUCGGGGCCGGCGGGCGGCGGCAGGCUGGGGCCCGCAGGAACUUACCGGUAUUUUGUAGUACUUAGUGCUUGUUCACUGAGAUCAAAGCUGACAAGUUAUUCUUAGGCUGGCUUGGCUGAGCAGGAUCUUCUGAAGCACUGAUGCAGUUAUCGAUCACAGCCAGCACGGGUUCAUGAGAAGAAGAUCUGGCCUGAGAAACUUAAUUCCCUUUUAUGAGAAGGUGACCCACCUACUUGAUCAAGAGAAACCAGUUGACGUGAUCUUUUUGGAUUUCAGUAAAGCUUUUGGUACUGUCUCUCCCAGUAUCCUUCUGGAGAAAAUGUCCAGCACACAGCUGGAUAAGCACAUUACGUAAUAGACAUACUUUGUGCAGAAUGUCAUCUGAUGAGAAGAAGAGCAUAAGUCCAAUUUUCCCAGAUGACUGUGUUCAGGACAGUUCUGCUUCUUCAGAUUCUCAGGAUGAAUAUAAAGAGCUGUUUCAUUUUACUGUAAUGACUCCGAAGUUUGAACAGUGUGUCUCAAAGUUGCCAGAGCCUGCCUCAGAACAGAGACCACCUGACAGAGUUUCCAGGUUAACAGAUGAUGCCAGUCAUCGUAAUAUGCCAGUCUCAACAUCAGAGAAGCAGGCUGGUAUGGAACAACCUGCUCUUCCAGAAGCAGCUUCUUCCACACAUGGUCCAAGAGAAGUCGGCAAAACCACAGUGACUGAAUUAACUUCAGCAGAUGGAAAAGUCACUCAAAUAGAAAAUAUAGUUGAUCACUGGAGUGGAAGUCUUAAGACAAAUAUUCUGACUGAACUGAAAAAUUGGGAACUUAAUACGAUUCAACAUCACAAGCUUCAAAUGAGACAAGAGAAAGAGAAACAUGUCACACAAGUGAAGCAACUGCAGAAUGAGAUGGAAAACCUGAAAGAGUUACUUCAUACUUAUGAAAUCUCUAUUAGCAGGAAAGAUGAGGUAAUUAUUAACUUGACCCGAGCAUUAGAAAAGCAAAAGGAGAGAGCAGUGUUGAUGAGAGCAUUUACACUGUGGCGGAUUCAGCAUGCUAAAGCCAAACAAGAGGAAUAUGCAAUUAGAAUGGCAGAUAGACAUUUCCAGACGGCUUUGAUGAAGAAAGUGUGGGCCGCAUGGUGCUCUGUUAGUGAAGAAAGACGGAAAGACAAAGUAGCAAGAGCCUGUCAGUUAAGGGCAGAAGAUAUGUGUGUUCAGCUUGCCAAUGAUUGUGAAGCGAAAAUUGCAGAGUUAACUGCUGCUUUGGAACAGUCAAGAGCUGAGAUUCUGCGACUGCAUACUGAAAGAGAUCAGUAUGAAGACACUGUUAAGAAAGCCUUUAUGCGUGGUGUAUGUGCUUUGAAUCUGGAAGCAAUGACCAUGUUUCAAAGCACGGACAGUAGGCCAGAUCCUGAUGUAGGAAGCAGGAGAAAUGAUCAUGCUACCACUGGUGCAGGAAGGCCACCUCCUUCACAAUAUAAUCAACCGUUACCACCACCUCCACCAGCAGCUGCUCUUCAGAUGGAAAACAUGUUUUGCAGCCACCUGGCUCAUGCAAGCACUCCUGAGACCAGACUAGGUUCUGAUUCUCCAGUUAUCUUCAAUAGCACAACAUCAGGAUCUGGUGUGACAUCAACUCAAAAACUGCCCACAGCAAAAGUAAUAACAUCUGCACAACAGAAAGCAGGAAGAACAAUCACUGCUCGAAUCACAGGCCGAGCUGAUAUGGGACAAAAAUCCAGAGCUUCUAGGAGUUUAAUAGUGAGGAGAGUUGCUCCACCCACAAGUUCAGUUAUUGUUGAGAAGCAUCAUCCAGUCACUCAGCAAACCACAUCACAAGCCAAUGCUGCUAAGUAUCCUUGAACUGUGCUUCGUUCUUCUGGCUCUACAGCUGUGGGACCUGCAGGAUAAGCUGGACGAGUGCUUCAGGGCCAAACUCAUACCAGUGUUCAGUCAAUAAAAGUUGUUAACUGUC